GCUGUCUAAAUUUGUUUGUUUUGGAAACCUGAUUCAAAAUUGAUACGUUUGUAAGGCAGAGUCAGUUAUAAUGGCCGAUUUCCAUGAGCUCAUUGUGACUUGCAUUAUUUUCCUCUACCAAAUUACUUUGAUUUUCCGAUCAAUCCACCCCUUCAGAAAAGACGCUAUGAUGCUUAUUUUGCACAACGUUUUGCUGUACUACGUGAUCAAUAUGUUCAAGCACUUGGCCCAGGCAUCGAUUAACUCGGACGGACCGGUGAACACAUUCUACUACGUACCACUGGUGUAUGAGGAAAACAUUGCCUUGGGACGCCAUCAGAGUUGGCAUGAGGUCCUUGGGACAUCCAGCUGGCAAUUCUUUGAGGUCCUUUUCAGACAUCAUCUGGCCCUGCUGUUGCCAUUUAAUUUGGCUCUCCUGGUGCCCCGCUGCAAGUUGGCCUUCAUUAGCACAUUGGUUCUCUUGUCCAACUUUGUGCUGUUCGUCUGUUUCGCCUCGGCCAUUUGUCAGCUGUUGUGGGUCCAUGGCCACGCCCACAGCCUGCGCCUCCUCACAAUCGUGUGUUUGGGUCCCGUUUCCCAAGUGGUCCUGGUGUGCCGCCUCCUGGGCCGCGUGUGGCCGCCUUUCUUCAGCUCAGUCAGUGGAUUCUUGUUUGAGGCAUGAAAUUUGAUUUGCCGGCACUGAUUGCUGGCCAAAAGCCACACCCCAUCCAUCGUAAUCAGCACCACAGAAGUUUAGCAACAGCAAGAGCAGCAGUAGCAGGAGCAGGAGCGGCAAAUCAAAGCAAUAAACCAAAAAUCACUUUCACUGCACAAACUGCCAAACUGCAGGCAUUUAUGACAGCCAGGCGACGGGGCGGUGCUGAGAGGGCCAAAAUCGCAUAACAAAAUUGUUGCUGAAAAGUUGAAUAAAUAUUGAGGUCAGCAGAAUGUCGAGAAGAA